AUGAGCAGCAAAUACACCGAACAAGCAAUUCCAGAGCCAGAGGACAUGCACCUGGUAUCGGCUGAAUUCUUACAGAUGCUUGGCUCCAAAUACAAAACCGAAAUACAGCGAGAAUACAAUCUCGUCCAGUUCAGCAGAAAUCCCUCAAAAUACGAAAGGCUGGGCUUGAAUGCAUAUCUUGAGCCAGACACCGUCUCUCAGGAAGAGAUCGUUAUUCCUUCGAUGCAUAGGGAGGAACUGGAAAGAAUGGCAUGCGAAUCAAGAAUCUCAGUGGGAAUCGAUAGGCACAACAAAGAUCCUGGAAUAAUGAUCAUCUUGGUCAAGGGCACACAGACAGCCAUAGCAUCCUUCAAAAGACUGCUUGGUAACAUCCAUAACCACCUGCCAAACGAAAUAAAAGACACAGACACAUUCAAGCUGAUUGAUAUUCCAUGCGCAAUGGAAGACUCCGUCAUUGGAAAGAACGGCUGCAACAUAUACAGGAUCCAGAGAGACUUCAAUGUUGCACUAAGGAUCACUGGUAGCGAACCAACCCGUAAAAUUCUUCUUGUUUCUGGAGAAAACAGUGCAAGCGUACAGGGCGCAUGCAAAUGCAUUAUGGACAUACUAUACAAGAAUGCUAAUUAA